ACGUAGAAGACGUGCUGUUGUAGCUAGCACGCUGUUCCCUUAUUAUUCUCCUGUCACGGGAUUAGCUUUUCUUUCUAUUCCAUCUUUCCUUGCUUUUUCUCGUGCUCUUGUUGGCAUUUAAAACCCUCACGAAUAUCUCGGAAUCCUCCCUCGCUUCCCCCUCUUCUCAUUGCCAGGAAUACAGCAUAAGAAUAGUUUUUUAAAAAAAGGAAAGAGAAUAGAAGAAGAAGAAGAAGAAGAAGAAGAAGAAGAAGAAACCAGCCAUGUCGAGAGCCACCGUGGAGUUGGAUUUCUUCGGCCUUGAGAAGGAGGACGCGGCCAGGUUCCGGCCAGUGAAGCCACGAAGCUCCAUUCGAGGUAUCCAGAGUGCGAUAUCCGGCAUAAAUCCACAGCUUUUGAGGAGCGUGCUCGCCUCUGGUGGAGGAAGCGUGAUGUUCCAGCCGCCGGCCCCAGCGGCGCCGGAGUCUCGCCGCCUGUUCCUUUCCCCGCCGCCGUCGCCGCCGCUCCCGCUCCUGAUCCCGGCCUCCUCCAAGACUACUAAUGAGAGCCCUUCCGUAACGGCUCCGUUGACGAUCUUCUACAACGGGACGGUCAACGUCUUCCACGUCGCCCAAGAUAGGGCGGAGAGUGUAAUAAACUUGGCGGAGGACGUCAACCGCGUCAAUAUUCGGGAGUUUGGGUUACUCGAAAAACUUAACGGAGAUUUGCCGAUGGCCCGGAAGAAAUCUUUGCAGAGAUUUAUGGAGAAACGCAAGGAAAGAUUGACUGCGUUGGGACCAUACGAGGGGAAGACAGAGAAGACCACGGCCAUGGAUGUGGUCACCGCGUCCAACUUUUGAUGGGAGACAAAUAAUUACCAAGCUUUCAUUAGCAUUAGGUGUCAAGGAAUACUAAUUUGUCAUUCAUUUUGUUCCUUCUUCUGGUUGUUUUUUUUUUGUGGGGAGUAUGUAGUCGAUGAUAUACAUUAUAAGAAGAAAGUAGUUGUUUAUACUUUAAUGCACUCAUAUGCAAGUUCAAAAUGUGAAACUUGAGAUAUUUUGACAACUAAUAUUAAUAGUAUGCUGGGAUAUAGUUUGA